GUUGCUAUAUAAAAACUGACAGAACACAAGUGGUGCUCUAUCCACCCUGUCCCGCUCUGUGUAAGAGGAAACCCUAAACUGCUCGGGCUCAACCAGCGUCAGCCCUUUUCUUUCCCUCUCUUUUCACCCGCACCCAUCGGACGUGUGCACGCUCGGGAUGAGAAUGGCAGCAUCCUCCGCAAAGACGAACGAAGCGCCGCGCAGAACGUUGGCAUUUGCUUUGCUGCUCGUCGCCUCGCUCUUAAAUGCAGGAGUUUUGGCACAGGAAGAAGAAAUUGUGGCCGAAACGGCGCCAUCUGUGGAGGCAGGGGCACAUGUACGAGGAGACAUGAUUUCAAUAACGACUGAAUCUCCUGAGCCAGAGGAUCCCCAGGUCAUGGUUCUCCCGACUGUGGGGCCUCUGAACCCAAUCGAAAAGACCACAGGGGCGAUGGCUACAGAUGAGGCGGGAGAUGCGGGAAACAAUGAGGUCAGCAGCCCUGCAGCUCCAGAGGAGGCAGCUGAUGAGGGAGCCGGGUACACCGUUGGGGUACACACCGACAAGCCCAAAGUCGCGGAAGCAGAAACUCCAGCACCUAUGCCCCCCAGAGGCGAUGGCCCCCAGAACCGGCCAGCGCCGGUGCCAAAGGACGAUGUUGUGUGUGUCAGCAAAGAGGCAGUCCAGAACAAAAACGCUGUCAAUCUGAAACUCAAGGCCUCCUCCAACUGUGAAGACACCAAACUGAAGAUUGAAAGUGUUCUGGAGGAGCUGUGCGGUGAAGACUGUAAACUAGAGAUCUACCAGGAGGACAACACAGAUGAAAUCCUUGUGUCCGGAAAGUAUGUAGAAGAUGACGUUGCAGGCAUGGCUAACAAGUUCAACAAUGACAACAUCAAAGAUAAGACUGACGUGGAGGAGGCUGCUCCUCGUUGGGGGAAGAACUCCAAGUUGGUCCUGGUUGCCUUGCUGCUGACCGGCCUGUUGCUGGCUGCGCUGCUGGUAGCCGGUUAUUACUUCAAGUCCCACCGCAAGAGCUCGAAGGGAGUCAGACUGGCCGAGUCUUUCCAGGUGGACGAGGAGAACCAAGCCAACACCCUGGUGUCUGUGGCCCCGCUGCCCCAGGAGCCCCUCGACAAGCCCACCCCCAAUGGGGAGUCUCCGCCGGAAAACGGGACCAAUCCUGCCCCCACCACCAACGGACACUCCCAGACCCCAGUAGCAGACACUGAGAUGUGAAUCAUGACGCCCCCCCCACCCCUUCCUGGUGCACCAAUCACACACUGGGACACACUAUCCACGAGCCCCACUGCUGCCUCAGAGACUGUCCACACACUGAGAAAAAGAAUUCAACACGAACCCACAAACUAGAUUCACCUCCCCUCCUCCGCUUGUACCUCCCGGGACGAUGAUGACAACGACCACGAAGCUACAUGGCUACCACGAUGAUAGUGACAAUGCCUCCAAUGUGAAAGUUUGGGAUCACUGGCGAUCGCCGGUGUCAAGAGGAGCCUACAGACGCGGUGUUUGGGACUGAGACUGAUCAGCAGGGCACUGACUGGAGCUUGUCAGCUGCCCUGACAUCAGUCUCGCAGAAAUCACUGUAGAAUCAGUAAAGUAACACCAAACAUGUGAUACUAACUGAUCCCUAAUGAAGAUGCAGUGAAUGCUCCAUUAUUUCAACCCACAACUGCGUGGCAAUGAAACCAAUGAAUGCCAGGCAUAUGACAGGAGACCAGUUCCUGUACUGUUGUAAAAAGGACUGACACUCACUGCUUCAUUGUUUUUUUUUUUGUGCUUUUUUUGUAAUUCAAGAAAUGUUUGUUUUUGUAGCCUCAGUAAUCGCCUUGACUUUUUUAGACCUACAAAGUGUGAGAUGGGCAAAAAAUUAGAGAUUGCUUCUUCUCACAGAUUUUCCAAAUUCAAAUUAAACCAUCAUCAACAUUCUUCACAGAAACCAAAGACAAGCUGACAUAGUAUUAGCGACGUAGGAAAUAGCCAACAUAGCAAGCAGCAGGCAUGAUCUCUGGUUUUACUGAGGAACUUAAUAACGCUAUCAAACUAUUCAUAAUGUGGAAAAUGUUAGAAAAAUGUUUAUUUGCCGCUGUGCUCUUAACUGAACAACACAUGAACAGCUAAGCCUCGAUAAACACUAACCUUUGAUCAAAGUUUAAUAGGAAUAGGUUGCAAAAUAUACACAUUUAUUUCUGUGUGGUUUCAUGACGACAUUAUUGUACAGUUUUUUGUUUUGUUUUUGCUUUUUGAAACAACUUUUUUUUCCCCUACUCUUACCACUGCCUUUGUGAAUGGUGAAGCCUAGAAGCAUUUAUUUUUUCUACUUCUGAGCAAAGGGCAUGGAAAAUAGCCUGGGAGUUGCCAAGAUGCCAGACUGGUAAAAAAGAAAAAAGAAAAAUCAGAACCAUGAAAUUCCUGCACAGCAUGCCAAAGGUCCAGAAUUCCAAAGACUGCCUUUAUCUCCUUGUUGAUACAAAAAAAACAUCAGUGGUACACUUCUCUUUUUUUACACUUUUUUUAGCCUCUCUUUCGGACAACUGGCUGCUUUCAUAAUGUACUGCAUGUGUAAAUAAGCCUGUUUUCUAGCCUGUAUCUGUGCCUGAUUCAUAAACUGUGAUUGUUAAACAUA